AGGUGAAGCCUCUUGUGGGCUAUGUGUGUGUAUAUAUAUAUAUAUAUAAAGAAUAAUGAGGCACUGGUUUAUAUAACUUGCUCCAAGACUCCACUGCCUCAUCUUUUGUUCUUGCAAUAAUAUUAUGUUUUUCUGAGUUUGUUUCUCUUACUGCAUGAGCGAGGACAUCAUCAUGUCUUCUUUAAAAAAGAGCAUGACAAGUUCUAAGGAAGAUGGCUCUGAACUUAGGAGGGGGCCAUGGACUCUUGAAGAAGACACCCUCCUUGUUCAUUAUAUUGGUCGUCAUGGCGAAGGCCGAUGGAAUUUGCUAGCUAAACGUGCAGGGUUAAGGAGAACCGGGAAGAGUUGCAGAUUGAGAUGGCUAAACUAUCUAAAACCAGAUGUAAAGCGAGGAAAUCUUACUCCACAGGAACAACUCUUGAUCCUUGACCUCCAUUCCAAGUGGGGCAAUAGGUGGUCAAAAAUCGCACAACAUUUGCCAGGUAGAACUGACAAUGAAAUCAAGAACUAUUGGAGAACUAGAGUGCAGAAACAAGCAAGGCACCUUAAGAUAGAUGCCAAUAGCACAGCAUUUGAGAAUAUAAUUAGGUGGUUUUGGAUGCCAAGAUUGCUUCAAAAGAUAGGAGGAUCGUCAACAUCUUCAUCAGCCAUGCCAUCCCAAAGACCAGCAGUAGUUUCUCAGCCGAACCUCAAUUAUGCUCCUCAGUUUUCAACGUUCCCGCCAGCACUCCCCCCACUAGUACAGCAGCAAGAAGCUCCUCUUGAUAUGAGUGUGACAAUGCAUUAUUUGGAGCCUCAUGAACAAACCUCAGACUCAGAGCUUGGCACAAGUUCAUGCAUUUCUUCAGCAGAAUCAAUGAAUGUCUCACAAAUGUCUCAAUUAUCAGAAUACCCUACAAGUCCCUUUCAAGCCAUAGGCAACAACAGCAGUGAGUACAGCACCUUGGCGAAGGGCUGCUAUUAUGUUGACAGCAAUUGCUAUGACAUGGAAGCCAUCAACCUAGCAACGAUGCCAGUGCCUGGAGAACUUGGGAUCUCAGCUGGCGAUCGCCACAUGGAAGAUGGUGAUUGGGGUGCAUACGAUUUCGGAGAUACUAUGUGGAACAUGGAUGAAUUAUGGCAAUUUAGGAACUUGCAAGGAAAGGAAAAUUAAGGUCUUGUUUUUGGAAUAACCCACAAAUACUUAGUCACGAAAGCGACAAAUUUAUAUUUCUUGGAUUAGUUGUGUAAUUGUGUGAUAAGCCAUUGUUAAUUUUUGUACCAAAUUUUAAACAGUAACUGUGGAUUUUGAUCCUGUGCAAACA